AUGGCGCUGCGCCCCUGGUCCCCAGAGCUGGGGUUCAGCGAGAAGGUGCUGCGGCGGGUCGCCGUCUCCACCGGCCCGUCCCUGGAGCUAUGCACCUUCCCGUCCACCCUGGGCUCCUCGGUCGCGGCCGAAGCGCUGGAGCAGCUCUUUGUUGUGGAACAAUCACUGCAAGGUGACUAUUUUAAAUGCAACGAAGAAGCUAGGAUCUUUCUUAAGGACACGGCUGUAGCUGUCAAGAAAUUGGAAGAAAUGAGAAAAACUACAAUUAAUCUUCUGGAAAUUGAAAGCAUGGAACUCAGCAGACUAUAUUUCCUAUUGGAAACUCUUCCCGAUAACAUUAGCACAGAAUUGGAAGAAUGUGUCAGAGAUGCUCGCAGAUUAAACCUUUAUGAGGUAAAUCAAUUACAAAUGAAAAAUAAAAGGAUAACAAAUGAAAUAGAGUUUCUGCAGAAGACAAUACUUGAUAUGAAAGAAAUUAAUAACACUCUGGGUAAAAAGCAAGAGGAACUGUCGAAGCAGUAUGAAAAGAUAGUCCUGUCACUCAACCAAAUGAUGGAAAAAAAAGCCACUACCACUAUCGACAUCAAUGAGAUUUAUACCAAAGUAAACUCAGAGAGAGAGGAAAUAAAACUGCAAAAAAAAUGCGUUCAAGAUAUAGAGAGGCAAAUAGAAAAGGAAAGAUCAGAAUAUUUAAAAAAAAAAACAGAGUUGCAUGAAAAGAUUCAUGAAUAUGAAAAACUCUGUGAAUCUAAGAAACAGCAUGCUUAUCACAAGAAGAAAGAAUUGGAUAAAUUAAGGAUCGCCGACACAAAACUGAAAGAAAGAGUCACCACCACCACAGUGAUUCUUAGUGAUCACAAUUUGGAGGUAGCAAAACUACAAGAAUCAGUAAGACAUUGGGAACAACAGGUCGAAGAAGUAAAGAAAGCCUGUGGACUUCUGGACAAUAAAAUAAAAUUUUUUAAGAUGAGCAAGGACAGAAUGGUAAAUGUAACUGAUACUGAAAAAAGAGCAUUAUUGCAGAAGAUAACUGAGAUGGAUGAAAAACUACACAAAGCUCAAUUAGAAAACAAGAGUCUUCAGGAGAAAUUGAAAACUCUUAGCAGACAAUAUAAGAUUGUCUUGCAGGAGGAGGAUAAAGUUUUUAUCCAGAAAAAGAAAUUGCAGGAUGAAAAUCGUAGACAAAUGGCAUUUAUUGCUCAGAAAGAAAACUUCCUAUCACAAAGAAAAGUAGACAUCAAAAAUAUGGAAGAAGGACUGAUCACACUUACUGAACUUCAUCGAGCAUCAAAGGACGUCUAUCGGAAACAAAUAAAAAUCCUGAGUGAUAACCUGGAAAGAGAACGUCAGAGACGUAUUAUAACUCAGUGGAAAAUAGCUUGUUUGAGAAAAGGCCAUGAACGUUGGCUACUCAGGACAAAAACGGAAUUACAAGAAAUUAUGGAUCAAAUUCAGAUCACAGACUCUAGACGCAAUCGGCUAUUAGAAGAGACCAGUGUUAGACAAAAAGAAAUCAAUGACUAUUUGGCACAGAUUGAAAAUAUUUCGAUGGAAUUAAAACAAGAGGAAAAGAAAUUUAUCCUCAAGGAAAAGAAGUUAAUUCAAAAUUUGAGCGACUAUGAGCAAAUAUAUGUUGAGGAAGUGAAAAGUAUCAGAAUAAAGGAAGAUGAACUAACCCAGUGCCUUCCCCAGCUUCAGGGGGCAGAAGACGAAUAUACUAGCAAAAACAAAGAGUUUGAAGAACUCAAUAGUACUCUCACAGCACAGAAGCUGGAACAGAAUUUACUGAACGAUCAUAUUUCUCAAAUGACAAGAGACUUUUCAAGAUAUAUGAAGAACAUGGAUGAAGUGAAGCAAGAGCUGAAACAAUUACGGGAUCAAGAAGUCAGAAAAGUCAGAAGUCAUUUUGAAAUUCUAAAGAACUUGGAAAAUGAAAUCUAUGUACAUGAUCUAAAAGCAGAAGCUAUUCUCGUGGAAAAUAAAAAGUUAAAAGAAUAUAUUGCAUACAUAAAGAACAAGACAGAGGAAUUCGUACAGGAAGAAGAAGCCAUCAGGCACAUCACAAGUGGCCUGGCUUGGCACGUGAUAGCUAAUUACACACAAUAUAUGGAUUUGUGGGCAGAAUUUCAGAUCACUAUAAAGGAAUUUGUACGUGAUAGUGAAGCGACCUUGCAAGAAAUAAAAACCCUGAUAGACAAGCUGCAUGAAAGAGACGAAAGAAUCAAGAGUAUCAGUGUCUGGCUACAAGGGAACCUUGAGGAGCUGCGUUAUCUGUCCACUAUUGACCUUCCUGGUGAGUAG